AAUCACGUGGCUCGAAGAUCACUUCCGCCUACAGCACCGACAAAAUGGCCACCACAACAACCCCCGUAGGACAAGAUCAAGGGCCAAAGCAAACAUCUUCAGCUGUACUUUUUGAUUUGUCUAAUCCUCCUGUUAUAGAAGGAUUUUCCCCUGCUUCGCGGAUGAAAGAUGAAGGAUUCAAAGAGAAAUUCAUUAGAAAGACGAAGGAGAAUCCCUUUGUACCAUUAGGUUGCCUGGGGACCACAGGAGCAUUAACAUACGGCCUCAUUGCUUUCAAACAAGGAAAAACUCGGCAGUCACAGUUGCUGAUGCGGGCUCGAAUCUUCGCACAAGGAUUUACUGUAGUUGCUAUUAUUGUAGGAGUUGCAGCUACAGCCCUGAAACACAAGUAGUGACCUCAGCAGCGAGAGGACAACUACCAUUGCCAACAUCUGGCUGAAGAUCUUCUUGUAAAGCUCUCAAAUUGAAAACAGUUCUGUACUGCUUUAUGAAAGUGAUUGCAAUGUUUUUUCAGUCAGUAGUGCUGUAAGAGAACUCUGUGGUCAUUAGAUGUAAAUAAAUGAAGACUGUGAAUUUG